AUGUGUGUUGCAGGUGGUGCAGGUGCACAUGUGUCCAGCAGCAACUUGACUCUCCCUGUAAUAUCCAAUGAAACCCUUCAUCUGCCAAGCAACUCAGCUCCUCCUGAACUGGCAACUCAGCAACUUAGCAACUCAGCAUCAAAGAUGCUCCCGACUGAAUCUGGUGGUGUGACAGUUCCCACGGCUGAGACAUCCGCAGAUGGAGUUGAUGUUGAGGAUGAUGUUGAGGUUUUAUCCACUCCGCAUGAACCUUUUGUAGGCAUGUCUUUUAAUACUUCUGAUGCUGCCAAAGACUAUUAUAAUUACUAUGCCCGUCAUACAGGUUUCUCUAUAAGGAUCGACACAUCUCGUGAGUUGAAGAAGGCCAAUGAAAAGACAAAGUAUAUCUAUGUUUGCCAGAAGGCUAGGGUCAACAAAAAAGAGAAGGUUGCUGAUGAUGGGCCAAUAACUGAGAAAAAUAUUGUGAGGCAAAGGCGCAGGGAUUAUGUAGAUAGGACGCACUGCACAGCUCGCAUGAUUGUGAGGAAGACAUCCCUUGGACACUGGGAGGUUGUGAACUUUGAAAGGGAGCACAACCAUGAGCGUUUAAGAAAAUUCUCCCUCACAAAAUACUUGAAGUCCCACAGAGACAUACCAGCUGAAGAGAAAGAGUUCAUCAAGUUGCUCCAUGGAUGCCGCAUCACGACAACUCGUGCUUACCAGAUAAUGGCUGAGUUGUAUGGAGGUAUUGAAAACUGUCCAUACACCGAAGGUGAUACUAAAAAUUUAUGUGUUGAGUACCGCGCUGAAUAUAGAGAUAAAGAUGUGAAGGCGACGCUUGACAAGAAGAACUUAUGA